UAUAAUCUAAGUCUUUAUAUAUUCAAAAUAUGCGGGUAAUUUUUCGUGCCCAUAACUGAUAAAAAAUUCGGUAAAUAUUAAAGAACACACUUGCGAACGCGAACAGAGCAUUACUCGUUAAAACACAUACCGAUCAAAGAUGCUCAUUUGAGCGCACCUACCAAAACAAGAUGAGAAGUCAUUUCAAUUUUUAUAAACUUCUACUAAGAAAAUGAGAGCUGCAUUGUCUAAAGAGAUUGAUAUGUCACAUCGUGUAUGGAAUUCGAGACUGGCGGCGUAGUUGGCUGCUGCAUUGAUAGAUGUUGUAGAUGGAUUAAGGAAGGGAAUACCGGGUGAUAAAAUUGUGGAGCGAACGCCGGCACCGUUGAUUCCUGGGACGGGAAGGGUAAAGAAGGCGGCCAUUUAUGGAGGAGCGUUCGCGACUCCGGGUGUACGGAUCAUGGGAUUGGAUCGUGUGCGGUGACAGCAGUAUUUGAUGGAUUGGAUAAGGGAAGAGAACGAUGGAUGCUUUUUGGAAUUACUGAAGGCCACUGCUGUUAUUCAAAAACUUGAUUGAGUGGGUGCCAGAGUUGUUAGCACUGUUCCUGAAUGAUAGGAAGUAUGUCUUUUUAGAUGCAUGAGAACCUUUUAUAAAUUAAUGUACCACAUCCAUCCAGGCAAGUGCAAUCCUUUUGAUGAAGCCAACACUGUUUGGAGCAGGGAGCAGAUUUUUUUUUUAUGAGAAUGUACUGAUGUUCUACUGCUAUGCAGGUUGGAGUCUUUGGCAUCCUUGACAGAAAAACUCUUUGAACACUCCUAUACCCUGCCUACACCCCUUACCUGCACACUCCUAUACACCCUACAGGCCUACUCCCAGUCCCAAGUAAAGAUAAAAAAAAAAACAAAUAAAGAAGGGAAUAUCAUGCCUGAUAGUCUUAGAAUUCUUUCGGCUGUUAACUCAUCAGUGACUGCCGAUAAUGGAGGACUAACAUCAACCCAAUCAGAUUAUGUCAUCAUCCUGGCUGCGCUCUUUUGUGCUCUUAUCUGUUCAAUCGGUCUCAUUAUGGCAGCUCGUUGUGUUUGUCUCCACCACCCUCUCAAUCUUUUCACGACAGGCUCAGCCCUUCAGACCUCAGCACCCUCUCCACCAGGUCUUAGCAAGAAGACCCUCCAACUACUGCCAACAACCAAGUACAUUUUUGAAGCAAGUGGUAGUAACAAACAGACUGAAUGUGCCAUCUGUUUGACGGAUUUUGGUGAUGGAGAUAUGAUGAGAAUUCUUCCGCGAUGUAACCAUGCAUUUCAUGUAACAUGCAUUGACACUUGGCUUGGCUCCCACUCAUCAUGUCCAUCUUGUAGACAGUUAGUUCUGGUAGUUGGUCAAUGUUGUCACUGUGGUGGAUUCUCGACUCAUCGAGGCUUCCAUGGCACUCCUUCUGAGGUACGUGUGAGAGAGAUUGAUAUGAUGUGCCGACAAGACAAUGUGCGUGCAUUUCUACCUUAGAAAUAUAGCAAGGGACUUUUGUGUUUUCUUAUCUUUUUCUCGUUCUGGUUACUAUAUCCAUUAUGUUCAUUUAGUCAUAAUAUUAAGCUUUUAAUAAAAGAAUGAAUCAGAAGCAGUUUAGUUUUCAUACUGGUGUAUUUGAUUACGACAUUCUUAUAGAAGUAUAUUUACGGGUUUUUCGCUCUAUAUUUGUUACUUUUGCUUUGGACUAGUAAAACAAAUUCACUAAUAAAAUGUUGCUGAGAACUUCAUUUAUCAGUAUAUACUGUCUAUGAACUUUUGAUGCACUCAUCUAUUGCUGUACGCCUGUACGGCUGUACUUGUCCGGGACCCUUUUAUGCUGUUCAGUGUUAGAAAACUAGAUUUCAAGAACUAUGGUGUUGACACCAAUGGUAGACAACUUGCUCGAGUUAUCUGCUUUUGAAGAACCUAGUUCCACUCACAAAGGCAUAUUCCACGGUCUCUGUUCAUUCCAGAAGAUGACUUGCUCGAUUUUUCACAAAUCGCAACCGAAGAAACAAGUUCCAGGUACUAAGGCAUAAUUCAUGUCAACUUCUCUGUUCACUUUGGAGUUGUUUGCUGUCUAAGAUGUGCCAUUACUGAAAGCAGCUUUUUAUGUGACUUUUUAUUCACUUUAGCUUUUUGUCAUUUAUUAGUUGCUUUAGACUGAACUUGCUAAUUAACAAUAUAUUUGCCCUUGAUUAGUUAGGUCACUUUCAGAAGCACCAAUCAUGUUUCAUGAUAUUUUAAGCCCAUGUCAUUUGAGCGUAAUGCUAUGUUGAUUCUAUUGUUCUUCUAUGCACUUCCACUUUUUUGUUUACUUGUUUACUUAAUAGUGUAUAUGACUAAAGAAUAUAUAUAGUAUAUAC